UGGUGAGCGCCUCUGCUGGCCUUCGAAAUGGGCUCGACUCCUUAGCCUUGAUUUCUUCAAUUGUCCCUCCGCAUAUCAACUUUUUUUUUUAAAUUAAGAAACGCCUGUUCGCGAUGACAUUUGGAGGAGAAUUGGCAGACGAGGUCAGCCAGGUGAUUUCACAACUGGUUCCUGUGCGGGCUGACUGGCUUGCAAGUUUCAGUUCCUGUGCCGUACAGUAAAGCCACUUGCUUGGUCAGAGGAUUGCAAUGAAACAAGCUCAGGAGCGGAACCAGGAGAGCCUGCCUCCUAAGAAGAGGGACCUCCUAGUUAGUAACAGCAGUGGAGCUGGAGGGACAGUAGGAAUUGGGGCUGCUGGAGGAGGUGGUGGUGGUGGCAGUGGCGGCAGUAGUGCUGGUGCAGUAGUGUGUGUUGGUAUUGGAGAAGAUGAAGUGGUGUCCACCCACAACUCUGCAGCCAACAGUGACACUCAGGGCGGGACCUCAUCUGGAGAGUGGCUGCGCGCUCAGCCAGGGCUUCAUUAUGGAGUGGAUAAUUCUGAUAGCAUACCUGCAGUGCCAGUUGACCAGUAUGGUAUGCUCUACAAAGUGGCUCUUCCAUCUGUUACCUACUCGCCUACUAGUCUUCACCCAGUAUUAAGCCACAUCUCUCCCGCCUACACUGUACACUCUCCUCUCCUGCAGCAUCCAGGCCUUUCCUAUCCUCCUCUUGGGUAUGCCCAGAUCCCUCAUUCCUCUCUCCAAUUUGUUAGUUCCCCUUAUGCAGCGGUACCUUACGCUCUAACCCCUGGCUUUGUCCCUGGAUCAUUAAUCUCUCCCUCAGGCACCAUUCCUCAGCCCCAUGCAGUUUCCCACCUUGUUCCAUAUCCAUCGGUCAUACAGGAAGGUGUUGUUUCCCCACCUCCUCAGGCCCAGGUAGCUGCUCAUACCUUUGCCAAAGUUGCAGUAUCCAGCGGUGUCCCGCUGAUGCUGCCUUCAGAGCAAGCUGCCCAGCAGCACCUUGGUACACUAGGAGUCAUGCCCGCAACAGAGCUCAGCUCUCGAGGGUUGUCUGUCUUCUAUCACCCUCAGGGCGCCAGGGCUGCCUCCAGAGACCCACACAGUGCUCAUCAGGAGAAUGAACCAGAGAUGAAUGGAGGCGAUAAAGAGCAGGGAACUAGGGAGGUUGUACUUGAUUCAGCCUACACUGCCAGAAAUACACGUCUGCUACAGGUAGCAUCCAACUGUGCAGCCCAGGAGUAUAGCCAAGACAGAGGCCUGCUGAACCGAAGGCUGGAAGAGAGGAGCUCACCUGGCCAGCGCAGCACUCCAGACAGCGACCUAGAGGUGCAGCAUGUGGUUGGUCGUUUGGCUUCCUCUAGCCAAGGUGGAGUGCGGAAAGAGGUGUCCUUUGCUCCCUUGAACCUCUCUCAGGGGGCCCAUAGAACCAGAGAUAUCCAUGAAGAGUCCGGCCGGACUGCAUACACGGCCCAGACUGUGAGUUACAAUGAUCCCAGAAUGUCCGGUCUCCAGCAGCAAACAGGACAACCAGGCCAUGCCGUCAUGCUUGCCAAUGGGCAACCAGUUCUUAUUCCUUUGGAGUAUCACGUGCAGCAUCAGCUCCAACCACCACAGCAACACUACCCAGGACAGGCUAAUGAUGCCUCAGCAAGCCAUGCCUCUACCACCAUGGCCUCCCCUAACCCAAGCUUUAAAGCCUCUGACUCUUCAGCCAGAGUGUGCCUCCUUGAAAGAGUGGAGUUGACCACAGCUCAGCAGCAGCUCCCCCAGCAGCUUCCUCUCCAGCCUACAGCAGAUGUGACACAGGCCUUAGCUUCAAGCCUCGCUCCUGCCUCGGCUCCCUCAAACCCGUCACAUUUCAUGAAGGGAGCCAUUAUCCAGCUGGCCACUGGGGAACUGAAGCGUGUGGAGGAUCUGCAGACUCAGGACUUUGUGCGGAGCGCUGAGGUGAGUGGCGGGCUUAAGAUUGACUCCAGCAUGGUGGUGGACAUCCGUGCCAGCCAGCAAAGACCAGGCCUUGUGUCGCUUCACUUCACUGUGGGGGAGCAGCAGAGCAAAGUGACCAUUGAUGUGCCCCCGGAGCACCCCUUUUUUGUGUUUGGGCAGGGCUGGUCGUCCUGCAGCCCUGAGCGCACAGCCCAGCUCUACGGCUUGGCCUGCCAUCAUCUGCAAGUAGGAGAUGUGUGUGUGUCCAUCACCCUACAGCAGCAGCUUCAGCCACAGCAGCAGAAACAACCACAGCACCAUCAUUCCCAGCAGCAGCAACAACAACAACAGCAGAACAUGUCCAGGACUUUGAGCAAAACCAAUGCUACACCAGGACCUGGUCACCAGCUCAUGGGGCCCCCUGCCCCUCAGCAGUCACGGCCUCAGUCUCAUUUCAGGCUAGACCGCAUCCACAGAGAGAGACAGAGGGAUGGGGAAAAAGAUGCGGUCGAUAAGGAAGAAGCCACACAUUUUGGGGUUGUUGGGCACCCUGAGACACCCAUCAGACAAAGUAGGACCUCAGCAGAGCAUCCAAGAAGCCAGAGCAGUUACCACUUGCACACGGAGGGCUCUGCUUUUGCAGGGGCAGGGAUGGGAGCAAUGCAGGCUGCGCUAGGUGCUUCUCAGAGGCGCUGGUCCUCACCUGGCCUCCAAAGAUACAGUAUGAAGGGAGACGAAGGGCCACACCCUCAAUUAAGCACCUCCAUUCACACAAGGCCCUCCUUCAUCACCCAAGAGGUCAAACUGUCCAUUGAGGGGCGCUCUAAUGCAGGGAAGUAGCAUCACAUUUGGUAGCAAGUAUAGAAUAGACUGCCACGAGUAAGAAUGAUUCUGACAAGGAGAGAAAGAGGGGAAAAAAGAGUGUGAAUGUAGCCUCAGAAUGUAUGAGAUUUUGCACACCUAAAAUAUACUUAGUCUAUCUGGUGAGCAGUUUUGGUUUGGUUGUCACUCAGCCAAAGAAUACAAGCCUUUGGUUUCACAACCAGCUGAGGUCUGACAGGAACAGCUGAGUAGAAAGUAUGUAGCGGAUGAAAUGCCUACAAUAGUCCUUGCACACUGCAUUUCUCUUCCUCCCUUCCUCCUUUGUCGCCACUUCCUCAUACCUAUGCUUGGAGGUUACCAUCACAUUCAGAACACUCUUGCUUCCUUUUUGACCAAACCAUCUCAUUGAAGACCAAUGAUUACAGAUAAUGUGUUCGUAGCACAGUGAAGCUACAAACUCUGCAGGUUCUGAUGUAUUUAAAAGAUCCCUGACAGUGGUCUUUUAUCUCCUCCAUUCCUAAGAUCCUGUUUCCUUCAAAAGCAUUUACCCAAAAAAAGAGUGGAGUUGCUGACAUCGGUGGCUCCUGCGGUGACGUUGGCACUGUUGGUGCUAACUGUCGGCGUAUGUUACAUUAUGCUUCUCUGGCAGGAGUCUUCGGCUGUCAGCAGGGAUACUCUCUCCCCUCCUUCCUUUUCAGGAGGCCGGUCUGCAAAGAAUAGGAUCCUCUCUCAGGCCAGGUGUGGCGCGUCCCACUUCAACAAUCAAAAUAGUGAUAAAUCAAUCAGUGUGUCUGUUCAGCAAUCAGUUUUCACUCAAAAAAAUGGCUCAUGCCCUUUGGUUUAGGGUGAGGGCCCUAACAUGUGUGGGAGUGUGUUUGCAUACAUGGUUGGAAUAAUGCUUUGUUCUCUAUGAUAACUAGAGACAUUGCAUUCCAGUAUCAUCCGUGGGAAUAUCACUUAGUGUUUAAUUUUUUCUCCUUCACUCACUUCAUCCUGAGCGACACCUCCUCCUCCUCGCUAUACCUCAAAGCUUUCCCGACCAGACUGGUGACUUUUAAUGCAAUUUUAAAUGAUUUAAUCAACGGAGAGGCUCUGGCUGGUCGUCAUCAUCAAAGCUUCCUGUGGGAAUGAGAUAUUACCCUGCCACAUCAGCGGCUGCAGGCCUAUUUAGCCUAAACCCCCAGAGGAGUGGAAUGGCCUUGUUGUUUUUCUUGUAGAGAGAGAGCCUGCAUGCGAGUGAGUCAGUGACCAGGUGUUCUCUUUGUCCUUGUUUCUUUCCGCUCAUUCAUUAAAUUAAAGCAAUAGUUGUUUUUACAGCAUGCGGCUGUACUGCUCUCCCCCAGGAGUCUCUCGUCGUCGGCUGUUUUUAUAUCUCUGAGGUAUGAGAUCUGACCCUCUUUUGACCCUGACCUUUAAAGGUGAUGCACUAUUUUGGUGUUUAUUUCAUUAAUUCUUCAGUAUUUCUACACAAGCAAUGCAUGAUACAUUUCUCAAGAAAUAGAUGUAAAUUAAACCGUUUCUCUUUGAUUCUCCAUCACACUGAUGAUAUUUUAUCUUUUACUCAAGUGCAUCUCCAAGAAAGGCUUGACUCUAAUUCCGUUGUGAUCAUUAUCAAGUCAUCUUCUUUCUUUUGUUUUACCGUAUACAAUCCUAUGCUUUUGUACUAGGAUAUACUUUAUCCAGUGGAUCUUUUGAUUGUCUUGUGUUGCACAUAGAACAUGUUAUUGAUUUCACACUGACUGAAUCACAGUACAGUAGAUGUGUUUUUUUAUGAAGGGAAUAUGUUUGAAGUGUUGUUGUUGGUGUUUUGUGAUGAGAGAGAGAGAGAGAGAAACAAAUCUGACUUGCAUUCUUAACCCUGUUUACAAAUUAGCCAAGAUGAAUGCUGCAGUUUUGUCCUAACAGAUUUUCAUCCUGGUUAUUGAAAAAAAGAAAUCAAAAGGGUGAAAUUGAAAAUAAGUGCAAUUAGACCACACAUCAUUCAGAGGUUUAUAAUCAGACUACAUUCCUUAAGCAGACAUUCCCAUUGAAAUGUGUAAAUCACAUGGCACCAGUUAAAUUCUUUUCCUGGCAGAUUUUUUGACAAAACAUUUGAUCACUUAUGAAUAUUUCAUGCAUUACCUGUUAUAUUUCCUUUCAUUGGAUGUGCUCAGAAAGGAUGGUCAGUCACAUUGUUUUCAAUUUUAGUGUCUGACUAAUGUGCUGGUUCUGUCCAUCAGCCCCAGAUACUGUUGUGUGUCUGUCUGUCUUCUUCAACUCUCUUAACUUCUCUAGGUCACGGAGUAUACAGCCCAACCCAUUGGGCCUAGUCUCAUCCUCUGGUACUGUCAUUAUGAGCAGCUUUAAAGGAUGGUUUAACAUUUUUUCAAGUCUGUCUUAAAACAAUUCUCACAUGCCCAUAAACGGUUAUUGAUCGCUGUAAUCAUUCCUCCUGUCCAUACUGGUUGUUUAAAGAUUCCUUCCUGAUGCUAUUCCAAUGUCAAACAUUUUGUCCCCCAUCCCAUCACUUGAACUGUAAUCACAUUAAAAAGGGAUCUCUUAAUGGCCAGUAUGGACACAAGGACUUGCAAUAUUAAUGAAAGUAUCGAGUAAUGGAGAUCCGCUCCAAAAUGUAAUGUGUUCUUCCUUGGCUCAAGCUACACCCUUCCACCAAGUUUUAUAAAAAUCAGGCCAGUAGUUUAUUUUUGCGAACCAAACCAAGAACAUUUCCUCCUUGGCGGAGUUUAACUUUAUCAGUGUACAUAUGGAAUUAGUAUUGUAUUAAGAUACAAUAAGAUACUAAAAUGUGAAACUGUCCUUUUAAAAUGCUUUGCAAUUGGAGUUUUAGAAAAUAAUACAUCUUACCAUCAGAAGCUCACCACAUUGAGUCUUUUUCAUGCUGUAAGCAAUAUACAUAAUACCUGAAACGAUUUUGCGUAGUCUUGGCAUUUUCUAUGCAGUAAACUUAAUAUUGUACUCUUUGUUGUCUUAAGUGCAGCUCUCUGAAGCAGAAGGGCAGGUUGGGUUGAUGCAGUUAUUUUACGCUGAUGUCUGGUUAUAGGAUUUUUGUUCCCAUCUCCCUAUGUAUAGCACACUGCUGACUCAGAUUAGUAAAGUUUUCUUGUCUUCUCACGAUGCCACGUGGUCAGAGCCAAAUCAUUUGAGAUUACAGUCACUCAAAUUUCCAAGCGUUUGCCUAGCAUUAUUUUGGCACAAUGACCAAGCCACUUUGACAUUGUAUUAUGGGUCAAAUUGCAUUUGAUGGAAUUUAAAUGGUGCAAGCAGUGCCACUUGUGACUUCUCACAGCAAGACCAUCCUUCGCUGCCCAUGAGCCUUUUUGUUUUUUUCCCCUCUGCUUUGAGCAGUGCGUUGAGCAGGAAAAGCUCUACUUCUUUUACCAAAAUGUCAGAUGAAUCUCAUUCACAUCGCUGAUAGUCUGUUGCUGUAAGUAAUUGCACUAAAUGCCCUUUACAGUGUUUUGAACUUAAACCUGUUGGUAAAUUGAAGAAUUUCAAAAUGUAAAGCACACAAAAUCACGAGUUGUGUGUUUCUGUAGAUAGAUGUUUUUUUCUUUUUUGUGUAGAUAGCUUUGGUGCUUGUCAAUAAUGCCUUAAAUUCUGCUUUGUACAGCGUGUGAAAUUAAAAAAAAAAAAAAAAAUGCCUGUGGUAGACUGCCUCGUUCCGACCAAGUAGUUACCUUUUCAGGCUGUACAAGAGCGAAUCAUUAAUGUCAAAGCUUUGACACUAUUGUCAUGCUCAUGAGCAGAAAUUCAUAUUUCUCAAAGGGUGAUGGUCAAUUCUCUUUCAGACGGUUUAACCAUGAAAUCUGCAAGUUUGUGUAGUGUUUUUUUUCCUUAUUCAUUUUAUCCGUUACAUUUUGAAUACACUCUUUACACUCAUACUUUUUUUUUUUUUAUUUCAGUUUUUAUAAAUGUGUGGAAGUGAAAUAAAUGGAAGCUCUUCUUUGCGCACAUGCACACAUCUGUAGUUUUUAUUGUUGCACAAGAUAAGUAGUUUUUUUUUUUUUUUUUUUUUUUAUCCCUACAAGUAAUGGAUUGUGUUUGGUGUCUUGUGCUGUGUCCCACAGUUUCUGCUCAAAAGAAUCUUGUUUUGAAUAAAUGUAGACAAGCUGCAUUAAUCAGAUAGCUUUCCAUUGGUGAUAAUGUAAUGGUUUAUUAUGUUCUGUGAUGUUGGCAGUGGGGAACUUUACUCCCUUUGUGAACUACUUCCUUUUUGCUCCCAUAUUGAACUGCAAAGGUGAAUUUAGGAUGAUUUUAGUGUUGUUGGUGUCCAAUUAAUUCAGGAGAAACAAGAAAUGGUUAAAAAGUUUUAAAGAAUCUGUAUUUUCAGAUUUUAUAUUGUACUUUUUGGCACAAGGUGACUGCUUUUUAUGUCCCAAUCAAAAAACACAAAAACAGCAUUUUU